CUUCAAAAUAAAAAAUGAGCAAGCAUCCAGGUAUCUACUAUGACAUUCGCAGAAAAGCCCGAGAUCUUCUCUACAAGGAUUAUACUCAACAACCGCCAAUUCAGUAUAACUACAGAUGUUUAAAUUGGAGUUUUGAUUUGUCCUGUCAAAACAUCGAGGUUGUGAAAGGACUCAGGACAGCUUCUAGGUUCAUUACACCGUUUCAAAACAAGGUGGAACUUCAAUACUUGCAUGACCAUGCUAGGAUUACCGCAGGCAUCAAUUUGGCAGCAAACACGCCGUUAAAUUUCUCAGGUGUAGUAGGAAACAGUUUUUUCUCCAUUGGGACCGACCUGUCUUUUGAUAUGGUGAAGAAGAAAUUUGAGAAAUGGGACGCGGGAUUGAGCUUCAACACUGCCAUCCUCAUUGCUUCCUUGACCUUGGAUGAUAUGGGUGACACUUUGAGUGGAUCAUGCUACUAUACAGUGAGUCCCCAAACCAACACAGCCUUUGGGACAGAGCUUAGUCACAAGUUCAUGAGCAAUGAGACAACUUUCACCUUAGCCACUCAGCAUUCACUGUUCCCAAUCACAUUAGUGAAAACUAGAGUAAGUAGCAAUGGCAAAGUAGGAGCCCUCAUUCAGCAGCAGUUGUUUCCAUCUCUCUUCUUGUUCACUAUAGCUGGAGAUGUUGAUGUCAGGGAUGUGAGUAGGACUGCUAAGCUUGGCCUUUCUUUGGCUGUUAAGCCUUUGGAUCAAAACAAAUAAAAGUACCUAUCUCAAUAUGGAUGAUAAA